AUGGAUCCCUUCAACAACCCGAACAACCCGAACGUCCCCAACAACCCGAACAAUCCCAAUAACCCGACCCAACCGAAUGUUUUCUCGGUUCCGGGAUAUUAUUCGAUGAUUGAACCGAACCAAUUCUCUCAAUAUUCGUCAAACGCAUUUGCCGCAUCCCAACACUCACCUAACCAAUUCUCUCGAAAUCAAGCCCUUCAACAAUUGAUGAUGCGGGGUGCUUUUAAUCUCCAACCGAACCCGAUGCAACCCGUUCAACCCCAAUCCGAACCCGACCAGGAUGUGAAAGUUGUUCCUGAAACCCAACCGCAAAAAGAAAAAGGCAAACGAAGAAAAGGUAAUAAUCAAACGGGUGACGUGUUUUGGAAGGCGGUUUUGGCGAAGUUCCUUGGGCUAAUGGACCAAGGCCCGUAUCGAGAUAUCGACUCGGUGUCAUCAAAGUGGCAAAAAAUGAAUGGGUUCGUCAAUAAGUUUUGCGAAGAAUAUAAUAAAAUAUAUUCAAGUGGGCGUCGUAGCGACAUGAGCGACGAGGAUGUGUUUAAAAAGGCGUUGGAGAAGUACAAGGAGAACAAUGGUAAUACCUCGUUCGCACACGUUCGCGCGUGGGAAGUUUUGUGA